UUCGUAUUCUCGUAUAUGGACUCCUCAUAGCAAGCAACCUGCAAGCCAGCCCCGGUCCCCGGUCCCCGGCACAACACAACCUUCUUCACGAGAUCAAAAAAGAGAGAGACAGAGACACUCCUCUUUCCAGAUCUAAACACUUCGUAAACGUCAUCGUUUCGAUGGCCCUUCACUAGAAACCUCCGAGACUCCCCAGUUACUUUCCAAUGGAGUCCGAACUCAAAGACCUCAAUUCCAAACCAGCAAAGCCCGUCGCCGAAGACGGCUCCGGCGAGCCGGCCCACGACGAUGCCUCAGGCAAGGAUGAUCGCCCGCUCCUUAAACCUGACCCGGCCCCACAAGUCUCCAGCGAGGAGCUCCAGGAGCUGGAGAAGAAAUGCGCUGCAUACGUACGGCGCGAUGCGUACGGCACCAUGGGACGAGGCGAGUUGACGGUGAAGGAGAAGGUGUUGCUGGGGCUUGCCCUGGUGACUCUGGUCCCGAUACGCGUGGUGCUGGCCAUGACCAUCUUGGUAAUCUAUUACUUGAUUUGUCGGAUUUGCACGCUCUUCUCCGUCCCGAAUCGCGACGAGGAGCAGGAGGAUUACGCGCACAUGGGCGGUUGGAGGAGGGCCGUGAUUGUCCAGUGCGGCCGCUCCUUAUCCAGACUUAUGCUCUUCAUCCUCGGCUUCUAUUGGAUCAACGAGACCUAUCGGAUACCGUCAGAUGCUCAACCCAAGCCUACCACCGACUGCAAAGAUGAGAGCGAAGAAGAAGGGACUGAAAGGCCUGGGGCUAUUAUAUCCAAUCACGUUUCGUAUUUGGAUAUCCUCUAUCACAUGUCUUCUUCCUUUCCGAGCUUCGUUGCUAAGAGAUCGGUGGCUAAACUUCCUCUAGUUGGCCUCAUCAGCAAGUGCCUCGGUUGUGUCUAUGUUCAGCGGGAGUCAAAGUCAUCUGACUUCAAGGGUGUUUCAGGCGUUGUGACUGAAAGAGUUAAAGAGGCACAUCAGAGUAAUUCUGCCCCACCAAUGAUGCUUUUCCCAGAGGGCACUACUACAAAUGGAGACUUUCUUCUGCCAUUCAAGACAGGAGCAUUUCUAGCAAAAGCUCCAGUGCUUCCAGUUAUUCUUAGGUAUCCUUACCAGAGAUUUAGUCCUGCAUGGGACUCAAUAUCUGGGGUGCGCCAUGUGAUAUUUCUUUUCUGUCAAUUUGUGAAUCACAUAGAGGUCACAAGGUUACCUGUUUAUUACCCCUCACAGCAAGAAAAGGAUGACCCAAAACUCUAUGCGACCAAUGUCAGAAGGUUGAUGGCCAGUGAGGGUAAAAUGACUCAAUCAGAUAUUGGACUUGCUGAGAAGCGUGUAUAUCAUGCUGCUCUUAAUGGUAAUAAUAGCCGUCCUAGUGUUUUGCAUCAGAAAGACGAUUGAUAAAUUUCAUCGCCUCGCUCCCAAAUGAUAUCUAGUGGCAGUUGAGUUUCAUAGUUUUCGUUGGUAUUCGAUCAUGAUUGCACAGCCACAGUGAGGGGGUGGUUAUUAUCAUUAUUAACUUGUAAUGAUGUGCCAUUACUGAGCUAAGCCCAUGGUGUGCCAUUAUUGACUUGUAAUUCCAAGCUGAUGGAAACUGUGGCCCUUAUAAGAAAGAUACGGGGUCUUAAUGUGCUGGUGGAUCUUUAACGCUAAAAGCAUCCAAUAAUCUGAGAGAGUAUAGCGUGUGGUGUUUGUAUAUUCAACAUGUUUAACGCAUUGCAACCGCCUUAGUCGAAACUUUGCACCUGUAAAUCUGAAGCAUCUCUUUCAUGUUCCUGCAGGUUUGUUUUCCCAAUGCUAAUUCGGAUCGCCAUCUGUAUAUUCGUUGUAUGAUUCUAUUUGUUAUAGGGAAAAAUUAAAAUGGAUAUGGAAUGCAGAAGAGUAAUUUUUGUUUGGUCAGAUGAGAUGAUUUUGUAUUUAUCUGAUGCGUUGCUGUGGAUUGAUGGUGGCAUGGCAUUCUUAAAGCAGGCACUUUCUCGUUUCUGAC